UGUCGCCACCACAUCGAACCCUAUCCCCUUUCCACCAAAUCCCGCAGCCACCGCGAGCCCGCAGCUGCCCUCCUUCAGUCCUCCAUCCUCUCACGCCCCCUCCCGCACAGCCCCCUCCAUGCUUCCUCCUCAUCACCGUAGCCGCCGCAUUCCUCCCUCUUCCUCUUCCUCAUCACCACAGCCGCUCUAGUCGUGGCGAAUCUGACGCCUGCAGGCAGACGCAACAGGAGUUCGUGGAGCGGCGGAUGCAGACGGGGUCGUUGACGGAGCUGCAGGAGCAAGGAGCUCGAGUUGGUGCGCCAUGAGGAGUGGAAGGCCGAGUUCGUGCGACGACCAGAGCAACAGGAGCAAGGAGCCUCCUCUCUCUCCCUCUCAGUGGUUGAGGACUUCCUCAAGAAGAAAGAAGAAGGCCAAAUAGAAGAAGAAUUUGGCUCAAAGGUCUUGCGGAGGUCAACAGUCCGGUGAAAAAUCAAUGGGGUAUGGUGGCGGCUAGGGGCAGAGUCGGGCAUGAGUCACCGGAGUCAAACCAUAGACAAAGCAGAUAGGAGUGCAUAAUGUCCCCUCAGGUUUGAAUUGCUCUGAAGUUAUCAUGGCAUUUCCUUAUAGGGCUUGUUCACAUUUAUUCAUGGAAGGUGAACUACCUGUUUCAAGAUUGUAACCCACCUAAAAAAUCCCUUCUGCCUUCCUGUUUUUGUUUGUGUAUGUCGCUCUGUAAAGAUUGGUCAGCCUGACCAUGAAAGGGUGCUUCAGAUUAGAAAAGAAUGGUUUUUCUUUGUGUAAUUUUCAGGACAAAGGAGGCUGUGGAGGAACUCAUAAAUGCCGUGCUAAAUUAUUAAUUAGCCGUAUUCUUGAUUUUUCAUUUUUUAAAGAUAAUUGAGUAACAAGUCAUGUAGAGUUACUACCGUAUUAGUAUAUUUCUAACUGCAUGAUCGAAACUGUACAUUCUGAAAGUAUAGGCUGUUAUAGCAUGGACACGGACUUGGUGCUCUCGGGUACCCGCGCACCCUAUAUGCGGAAAUUUUUUUUAGUAAUUCAGAAAAAGUUCAAAAAAUUCCAAAUCUUUUUUGCGAUCAAACAUGAUCAAGUAUUGUACUCGUAUAAAAAAUUUGGACAAGAAAUUAUUCAUGUUGACUUCACAGCAAAAAAGACAAGUUUAUGACAAGUUUAUGACGACAAUAUAGCGUGUAUAGUACUUGUAUAUAGCGUUUUUUGCUGAAUCUUCGACCCAGGAUGCAAUGAAAGUCAUUCUCUGUCGAAUCUUUUUAUACGACUACAAUAGUUGAUCAUGUUUAACACCAAAAAAAAUUGGAUUUUUUGAAAUUUUUUGAAUUACUAAUUUUUUUUGCAUAUAGGGUGCGCUGGUACCCAGGUUCUCCUUCAUAUUUUCCGUUAUAGCAUUACUUUGUAAAUAAAUCACAUGUUAACUUGCUGGUUCAGUUUAAAGCUGCAGGCAGAGGCUUGCGGUAGGGGAAAAAAGAAUUGUGCAGAUGAAAACCAAAGCGUUUAUUUGUGAUUGUAUAAUCUGAACUACACUUUUAUGAAAGUAUGUUAGGCUCCUGCUCUUGGGAGAUUAAGAGUUGUUGUGGUUUUGCUUGGUCCAGUGGCCCGAAGGGAGCUCACGUGCUAUGGUUAGUUCACAUGCUAAAAAACCAAUCUCUGCGAAAAUAGCAUGCUCAUUUUAGUUAUAUUGAUUAAUAGCAUCUCUAUGUUAUUAGAUACUCCCUCCGUUCUUUUUCAACUGCUUAGAUCAUAUUUGAUUCCAAUGCUUGCUUUCAUAUCAUUGGUUUGUCCAAAGUUUAUGUUCAGAGAUUAUGCUUCAAAGAUAUGUUCAGAUAUCCUACAAAAAAAUUGAGAUGAUCGCCCAAUUCUAGCUUAUCUGCUUUACCUAAUAUGUAAAUUUUUGAUUUUUAUUUAUUUAGAUCACCUGAGUUCUAGGCAGUGAGUACUAGAAAGCAUUAUCACGUUUCAGUGCAUUUUCGUACUUUGUGAAGCAUUUCAGUUUUAUGGAUACGGGCAUUCAGUUGAGAACUAAGAACAAUUUUGUUUGAGUUUGUCAGAUGAUAAUUUUUAGAGUUAAUUACACAAAACCACAACUUCAGGGUAACUUAUAACAUUUUACCACAACUUUUGAGUUUUUCAACAAAAAACUACAACUUCAGGUCAACUUAUAACACUUUACCACAACUUUUGAGUUUUUAUAACACAAAACCACAACUUCUGAACUAAUUUCAACAUUGAGCCCAAAUCUAUCAUUCAACUUCUUUUAACAGAUAAUCUGAUUGAUUGGGCCCACAUGUUAGGACCUAAGCAGGAAAAUGGUGGCAUGUGCGCAUCUCCUAUGUGGCCUACCAUUUCCUCCUCUUGCCAUCCCGUACCGGCGGUAUGAACUCCACCGACGUAUUGGGUGUUGUUGGGGUGGUCAAAAUUCUGCCACAUGACGAUCACUCCGAGCGUCCUCAAUGGUGAGGUUCCUAGUGCCGCAAAGCCGCGCCCGCAUGUCACUGUCGUUGGCGACGGAGUUCCAAAUGAUCUCGAUGUCGUAAUCAGUGAGGCGUGCUUGUAGUGGUCGUGAAGCACGAGGUGGCAGCCCUGAUUGUGCACAACGUGGCAGCACGGAUGUGCUGGCAGCGCCCGUCCGGACUAUGGCAUGGUCGAGCGGGGCGCACGAACUAGACAAAGAGGUCCUGGGGAGGACGAGUGCAUCUCUACGACUGUGGAGCACAAGGCAGCAACCUUGUCUUUGCACAACGCGAUAUAGUGCAUGUGCUAGCUGCGGCUGUCCUGACGACAACAUGGUUGGACGGAGUGCGCCAGACGAAGAAGGUGAAGGCAGUGGAUUUUUUUUCUUUUUAGGGGUAGAUGCCGUAGAAGCUGCAGGUGAACGCGUCGUCGAGGAGACGACGAUGUUGUAUGCAAACUGCUAUGUUACACAAAUCCAGUUAGCGCCACGUAGGAGGGAACUUGUCGCGUAGAGAAUGACAUGUGGGCCCAAUCAUUCAGAUUGGCUGUUAAAAGAAGUUGACCAAUAGAUUUGGGCUCAAUGUUAAGAAUUAGUCCAGCAGUUGUGUUUUUGUGUUAGAAACUCAAAAGUUGUGGUACAGUGUUAUAAUUUGCCGCGAAGUUGUGGUUUUGUGUUAAGAAACUCAAAUGUUGUGGUAAAUUGUUACAAGUUAUCUGAAGUUUUGUGUAGUUAACUCUAAUUUUUAUCAGUUAUAGUUACAAUUACUAGAAGUAGCAAAGGUCUGGGUUAAUUUAGAGCUUGAGUUGGCAGCUAUGCUUUUUUGCAUUCCAGAUUAUGCAAAGAGAUUGCCAUGUUUUCUUUUAUUUCGGUUUAGUUCAUUCCCUUAUAUAUCCAGUUGUUUUCCGCAGAACAAAUAUAAAUGUUCAUGUUGUAAUGGAUGGAUAUGUUGAUCGCAUCGUCAUGUCAUGUAAAUUACAUGCAGAACAAAUCUAUAUUUUUGUUGGAGAAAAAUUCACUACAGGUCCUCAUACUUAUCGUGUUGGCCGCAUUUCUUCUCGUACUUGCAAAUACCCAAAAUACAGUCCUACAACUUGUCGUCUCAGGUGGUCGUCUACGGUUCAAAAUACCAUUUCCUCUACGUAUCUGCUGACCUGGCUGUUGACUGGCGCGUCCACGCGGACUUUGACCGCCAGCUUGACUGCCACAUCGUCUUACCUGCCUGAUUACGCCAGGAACCAAGGUUUGUUUUGCAAAAUCGCCACAAAUAAAAGAGCUCCUGUCCACAACCGCUCCCUCUCGCCGCCGAUCCCCUUCCUCCACCACCACCACCAGCGGCACCGGCACGGCAGCCUCCGCCUCCUCCUCCACGGCCACGGCUUCCUCGGGACCCCGCACCACAAUAACGACGACCACCGCCUCCUCCUCAACCUCCCCGAUGUCCUGGGUGUGCGCGGCGAUGGCCAUGUCACAACCGCCGGAGGAGAGCAGCACGGCGAACUGCCCCCGUCGGUGGCUUCGAGCAGGAAAGUGGAGUUGGGGCUGCUGCUGCUGAAGAGGAGGCACAAGAAGCCGCCGCGGUCGACGUCGGCGCCCACCUGUGGUGUGCGGCGGACGAGGAGGGCGAGUGGCCGGACAUGGCGUGGGUGGCCUCGGCCUGCAGGAGCUCUCCGUCGCCGCGGCGACAGCGUGAACUGCAUCAUCAGCUCGUCGGCAGCCUCCAUGACCCAUCCGCACACCGCCCCAUGACCCGUGACUUGAGCUGGGCGGCAUCCUGGAGUGGCCGGGCUCCACUGUAGAUUGAACUCCGAUACUAUUCAGUACCACUUGUCUGAAAUUUGCACCUUUUCUUGUUCUUGCAGCAGGAAUUAAUUCUGUACUACUAUUUGGGUCUAGACUACAGCGCACACACUCGUUUGGAGUAUUAUCUACUGACUACUGUCAUAAUCCCUGUCACGGUGAGUGCUGACUGAUGAUGAACAACCGAACAAUCAAUUGCACACGUUUGCUAGUAUUA